GAUCCCCUGUCUUCAGCUAACACACGCUACAGAGUAACAGCUAUUUUCCUCAACAACCGCAGAACUGAGCUACCACUUGUCGAGUACCAGCCCCUCCUAUUUCAGUCCACUGCCUGCUCCCACUCGACUCCUCUCCACUCCGCUCCACUCCAACUUCUAGAAGAACCAAGAGAGCAUCCCACUCCGCAUGGUCGCUCCAUAGCACCCAAGCUCCCCGUGACAACUCCACCGAGGCACCGACGACAAUGGCGGUCGGCAGCGGGCUGGCACCGUACCACGUCCUCGGCGUGGCCACCUGCGUGGCGCUGCUCUACUUCACCUUCGGCGAAGUAGACCUCCGCCACAUCUCCUUCCCGUCCGUGCCCGCUGGCUCCUCUUCCAGCGCGGCGAUGGCGCCCUUCGUGGAGCGCCGCGGCGCGCGGCUGUUCCUUGACGGUCGGCCGUUCUACGUGAACGGGUGGAACUCCUACUGGCUCAUGGACCAGGCCGUGGAGCCGGGAACCCGGCACCGCGUGCCCCGCAUGUUCCGCGCCGCCGCCGAGAUGGGCCUCACCGUGUGCCGCACAUGGGCCUUCAACGACGGUAGCUACAACGCCCUCCAGCUCUCCCCCGGCCACUUCGACGAACGCGUCUUCAAGGCGCUGGACCGGGUGGUGGCGGAGGCGGGGCGGCACGGGGUGCGGCUGAUCCUGAGCCUGGCGAACAACCUGGAGGCCUACGGCGGGAAGACGCAGUACGUGCGGUGGGCGUGGGAGGAGGGCGUCGGCCUCACCGCCUCCAACGACUCCUUCUUCUUCGACCCCGCCAUCCGCGACUACUUCAAAGUCUACCUCAAGACGUUGCUGACGAGGAAGAACCACUUGACAGGGGUGGAGUACAGGGACGACCCCACCAUCCUCGCGUGGGAGCUGAUGAACGAGCCCAGGUGCACCACGGACCCGUCCGGCGACACGCUGCAGCGUUGGAUGGAGGAGAUGGCGGCGUACGUGAAAUCGAUCGACAAGAGGCAUCUGCUCACCGUCGGCACCGAGGGGUUCUACGGCCCGACGAGCCCCCAGGGCAAGGUGAGCAUCAAUCCGGGGUAUUGGCACAGCAACUACGGCUCGGACUUCAUUCGCAACGCCAACAUUUCAGACAUCGACUUCGCUUCCAUCCAUCUCUACCCUGACAACUGGCUACUGCACGCCAAGCUCGACGAGAAGCUCAAGUUCGUGACACAGUGGAUCACCUCCCACGUCGAGGACGGGGACAAGGAGCUGGACAAGCCCGUCGUUACCACCGAGUUCGGGCUGUCGCACGGUGUCCAGGGCUUCGACCACUCGCACCGGGACGUCUUCUACCAGGCCGUCUUCGACAUCGUCUACGAGUCGGCCAAGCGGGGCGGCGCCGGGGCCGGCGCCUUAGUGUGGCAGCUCGCCGUGGAGGGCAUGGAGGAGUUCCACGACGACUUCGCGAUCGUGCCCAGCGAGAGGCCGUCGCUGUACAGGCUGAUCAAGGCGCAGUCGUGCAGGCUGGCGAAGCUGAGGCACGGGCAGGGAGAAGAGGCGAAGCGGACGCUGUCGGUGUGUGCCGGUUUGUUGUAGGAGUGAAUGGUCUACAGAAACCAUCCAUUGCCUUGGAGCUUGGUUGUGCUGCGCCCAGGUCGAGCUGUUUCGUUUUUUUGUUGCCCUCCGAAUCGAGGGAGUGGUGAAGUGUGUCAGAAGAGAUCAGUAAGAAAUGAAUAGGAAGCACAACGAAAAGUGCUUGUGGUUAGAUUCAUUUGUCGCCACCGCCGACGCCUGCAGAAUGCAGAUCUGCAUGGCUAAGCUACUGUUUCCUUCCUGUGCAACUGUACGGUAGAUGCCCUUGACCUUUGAUAUGUAAACAAGUCGAGGGGCAUCCAAUGGUAAUACUAGUCCUAUGGUGUA